UGCAGCCUGGCGCGCGCCGGCCGGGCCGCACCGCUGCGGGCUCCGCGCGCGCGGGCCAUGUCCGCCUUCUGCCUGGGCUUGGCCGGCCGCGCUUCAGCACCCGCCGAGCCGGACAGCGCCUGCUGCAUGGAGCUGCCCGCCGCGGCCGCGGACGCAGUCGGGAGUCCAGCCGCCGCCGCCGCCGCCCUCAUUUCCUUCCCGGGGGGCCCCGGGGAGCUGGAACUGGCGUUAGAGGAGGAGCUGGCGCUGCUGGCGGCCGGGGAAAGGCCGUCCGACCCCGGGGAGCAUUCUCAGGCCGAGGUCGGGCCUCCGGCCGAGGGGUCCGGGCUGCAGCCGCCACCCGCCCAGGAUCCCGAGCUGCUGUCGGUAAUCCGGCAAAAGGAGAAGGAUCUGGUGUUGGCGGCCCGGCUGGGCAAGGCGUUGCUCGAGAGGAACCAGGACAUGAGCCGGCAGUACGAGCAGAUGCACAAGGAGCUGACAGACAAGCUGGAGCACUUAGAACAAGAGAAACACGAACUGAGAAGACGAUUUGAGAACCGAGAAGGGGAAUGGGAAGGGCGUGUGUCAGAGCUGGAGAGUGACGUGAAACAGCUUCAGGAUGAGCUGGAGAGGCAGCAGGUUCAUCUGCGGGAAGCAGAUCGAGAAAAAACACGGGCCGUCCAGGAAUUAUCAGAUCAGAACCAGAGGUUAUUGGAUCAACUCAGCAGGAUCAAGAUGCUGUCGGAUCGGAAACGGGAGCUGGAGCAUCGUCUCAGUGCCACCUUAGAGGAGAAUGACCUGCUCCAGGGGACUGUGGAGGAGCUACAGGACCGGGUGCUGAUUCUGGAGAGGCAAGGCCAUGACAAAGACCUACAGGCACCCACCAACUUGGCCAGUCUGGCUCUGCUGAAAACAAACACAUCGCUACCCGCAAGUCAUCCUUCUAAUUUGUUCAAGCCACUGGCCCCUGGAGCAGUUUCACUGCAUCAGAGCCAGCUGGAGCUCCAGGAGGCACGACUCUCCUACCGACAGCUGCAGGUGAAGGUGGACGAGCUCAUGGAGGAGAGGAGCCUGCAGAGCUCCGCUGCCACCAGCACGUCCCUUCUGUCCGAGAUAGAACAGAGCAUGGAGGCCGAGGAGCUGGAGCAAGAGAGAGAGCAGCUGAGACUGCAGCUCUGGGAGGCCUACUGCCAAGUUCGCUAUCUCUGCUCGCACCUCCGAGGGAACGACAGUGCCGACUCGGCCGUCUCCACGGACUCCUCGAUGGACGAGUCUUCAGAGACUUCAUCUGCCAAGGAUGUGCCGGCCGGCAGCUUGCGCACGGCCCUGAGCGAGCUCAAGAGGCUAAUACAGAGCAUCGUGGACGGCGUGGAGCCCACGAGCUCCCGGAGAAUUGACGAUGACUCCUUAGAAGAACAGAUAAGGCAGACCAGUGAGGACUCAAGAGCCCUAAGGGAACUCAUGGAGGGAGAGAGGGGUAAACUGAGGCAAAGCCUAGAGGAGCUGCAGCAACUCCACAGUCAGGUGACACUGCUGAGUGUGGAGAUGACUGCACUGAAGGAGGAGAGAGACCGACUCAGAGUGACAUCUGAGGACAAGGAGCCAAAGGAGCAGCUUCAGAAGGCCAUCCGGGACCGCGACGAGGCCAUUGCAAAGAAGAAUGCUGUGGAACUGGAACUCGCCAAGUGCAAGAUGGACAUGAUGUCUCUGAACAGCCAGUUGCUGGAUGCCAUUCAGCAGAAACUGAACCUCUCGCAGCAGCUUGAGGCUUGGCAGGACGACAUGCACAGGGUCAUCGACCGGCAGCUGAUGGACACGCACCUGAGGGAGCGGAGCCGGCCUGCUGCCGCCCUCCCCGGGGCGCGGGCCGCGGGGCGCGGGGCCGAGCCCAGCACCGCCGACGGCAAGCGGCUCUUCUCAUUCUUCAGGAAGAUUUAGGUCGGGAGGAGUCAGGCCAGCAGGGGUGGGUACACUGGAGGGGACUGAGCGUGCGAGGCGCCAGCACACCACGCUUGCACACGAGGGCUCCCCUGGGCCAGCGCAGCGGCCGCACUGCCCACCCACGCUGGGGC